AUGGACACCUACGCCGUGGAACUAAACUCCUUUGUCGACACCGUCCUCACCAAAGUCUACGAUCUGGGUACUGGCCGCAACAUGAUCUUUUCCUCUUUCAACCCAGACAUUUGUCUGCUUCUCUCCUUCAAACAACCUUCCAUCCCUAUCCUCUUUCUCAGCGAUGCUGGAACCUCUCCUGUAGGUGAUAUCCGCGCUUCUUCUCUUCAAGAAGCCAUUCGCUUUUCCUCACGCUGGAACUUGCUCGGUGUGGUAUCAGCAGCAGAGCCUCUAGUCACUUGCCCCCGCCUCAUCAGAGUCGUCAAGGAAAGUGGGUUAGUGUGUGUUUCUUACGGUACACUCAACAAUAACCCUGCCAUGGUGGCUAGACAAGCCAAGGAAGGCAUCGAUGCUGUGAUUGUGGAUUCUGUAUUGGCGAUUAGAAAGGAAUUGACGGCUGCACAGCAGAAAGCUGGUGAACAAGGGCCGGUUAUUGAGGUUCCGCAGGUUGUGGCUACCGCGAAUGGACAAAAUGGGGUUAAGACUAAUGGACAUGCUUGA